ACUUAUACCAUACCACGCCGCUUCCGCAGCCCGGCUUAUACGCGAUCCUCUUAUACGAGCGGGGACCGGGUUAGUUCAGUAGGGAGGUACGGGUCCUCCAACCAGAAGAAGAGCCAGCACCGAGAGAGACCCUUGCCUUACUACACCACCGAGACCUACCGUCUUACGGGUCUACUAUUGGGGCUACCAGCUACCAGGAGUAGGUACCACCUCGGGUGGACUAUCGGUUGGCAGACCACGCACCAUCGGUUCAGUUCAGUCCGCGCCGCGCACCCAAACGGUUCAGACCUGUCUUUCUGCACGGCUUAGCCCCAACUUCGUGUAUCCAGAACGUAUCGAGCGUUAUACGCAUCACCCUCGUCGUACGAUACGACGCCGCUUGUACCGGGAGUACUCUACCACCGUAUUCGUUUCGUCUGCACCUGUACACACCUACCAGUUUCUGCAAGGAUCGCGCGCGAGGCCCGCUCUUCGAGUCUCUCGAUACAUGUACCGACGACCGUCUUCUCGUAUGUGAUCCACGUGAUUGCCUGCAUCCGAAGAACAGUGAUCCGAGACGACUCAGAGGUUACACUCAGAGGUCGUACCUGUAUCAUCCUGAUUUUUAAGCCGGUCGAUCCAACGUUGGACCGCGGUUCUUUCGCCGCGUCGCUGUAAACCAGAUACGAAGGAACUUCUUUCGUACGCAGAAUAUCGCUGCAGAGCUCAAGAUCAACGUUCUCCUUUCCGUUGUCGCUAUUCGCUUGUUCGCAGGUAAAAGAGGACGAAGGAGAAGUAUAUAAGAAGCGAAGGAGAGAGAAGCCGAGGAAGAAGCUUCGUCCGGCCACGACGUCGUCACCAGGGCGAGGCGCAGUGAUCUCACUCGGUGCAGGGGCGACAAGAGGAGACAAGGAGACAAGGAGACAAGGAGACAAGGAGACAAGGACGACGCCGGGUCCAAAGAGGGAAGACCGAGAGCGGGGCAGUCCUCCUUCGCACACAGGCCUAAACCGGCACGCACCUACGCGCGCACACUUUGAGGUCCUCUCGAGGUGGGGAGGCGAUACUCGUUUGGCGAUAGAGAUAGAUAGAGUGGUAGCCACGAACCAGCCCGGCGGUGGGAAUUUAUAAGGAUGUUCGCGAUAAUGCCCAUGGAAACGGAGGGGCACGGCAGGGAAUUCGCGCGGCGACAGAAGAUGCGCGCCAAGUGCAGCGUCGAGUUCGUGUGCAAGUACUGCCAGCGUCGCUUCACCAAACCCUACAACCUAAUGAUUCACGAACGCAGUCACAAGGACGACGUUACCUUCACCUGCGAGGUAUGCGGCAAGUCCUUCAAACGGCAGGACAACCUUAAGCAGCACAGAUGUGGGUGGCGGUGAGCGGGAGCUCUGAGUCUCCUGCCUUGACAAAAAAACGCACUAUUUCCACUUCCACUUUCCACUUUCCCUUCCGGCCUCGCUCUGACCUCCACUCGACCGGCUCCUUCUAUACGUCCGAUCGAAUCUUGUUACUUGUAUUCUCUCGUACUCGUUACUCUUCUUAACACCCCCUUAACCGCUACCCGUCCCCAGCAAUAUCCCGACAAUGGUAAUUCGUUCUAUCCCGCAUCCCGCGCAGCGUGCACCGGCUGCUCUCCGCAGCCCUUUCGCCCGCCUGCGGCCUCACUACCAGACACCUUCUUCUUCACCUUCGCCCGCACCUGCAUCAUCCCGAAAACGAAUUAAACCCGCGGCAUGUGCCCCCGAUUCGGUUUACUAACCCUCGCACGGUCAUCCCAUUCGACAUCGAAGAACCAACCCUCCUUAUGGUCCGAUUUCUGCCGUCUCUGUUCCAGGAGCAUUCACUCCGUCCCUCACAAGGGCUCCAACGGCUACUCAAAUGGCUAUUCGAAUGGCUACUCUAGGUAUUAGAAGCCACCGCCCUCCCUAGCGCGUUGCUGACGCAAACACCACACCUCAGUCACCCCUUCCGCGUCGCACCAUCUCCACCCUCGAUCCUCCGUCCUCUGCAUACUCGUCAUACCUCCCCGCUAAAUUCCUCCUCGUCAAUUCCGGCACUACGUCUUCCCGACGGAUUAUUCCUCCGCGAAACGGGAUCGCGGAUCGAGAGAGGAGGGACGAGAGGGACGAGGUCCAGACUCGAGGAGGGCCCAGUCGCGGAUGCGCGGAAGACCGGGGGCCACCUCGAAUCGGGCCUUCCUGGACGCGGCACGCCGAGAGCCGGCGGUUCGUUCGUCUUCCGCAGCCGCGGCUCCGAGAGACGACGGGGUAUUUCAAAGCGCGGCUUCCGUCGGCCACGCCCAGCCCUCGGGCGACAUCGGGAACCAAACCGUCUGUGGAGCAGAACGGCUACCAUAUAUCCACCAACCGUUUGGCUCAAGCCCGAAAUCAGUCUGGAACGCCUCGAGGCUGAGCACGCGGCUUGUGCGGAAACACCUGCGGUAGCCGUCCGUCAAAUCGGGCAGACGGCGCUCUCGAUUACUUCCGUUCCUUGGGGAAGAGUCGGCGCGUCGAAGCCUCUGGAUUUCGCCGUGCUGCGACUAACGACGAUGGAUCCUGCACGGUGGUGAUUUUGCAACAACAUGCACGAGACGAACAGGGGAUCGGCAGGAUGCGCGGGACGGCGUGCAGUCGUGGAUUUCGGUGUCGAGUUUAUGUAUAAAACCUAGUAAACGAAGCAGCUACAGCGUCUCGACCGACUCGAGACUAGCUUUUACGCCAGCUUUUAAAAACGUUUUACACUGACCCGACGAUACAAUAGCGUGUAAUAAUAUAACACUCUUACCUGUAAUACGCAACGACAAACCCAGGUGAAUUUUUCAAACGUGUAAAUGUAUAUGACAUUUUUGGUUUUUAUUAUUCUUGUUUUCAUUUGAUGAUUUACAAAAAUCUUUAUUAUCCACUGUCACGGUUUGCCAAUUAUAAUAAAUAUUGUACAGAAAUUUCUCUAACCUCCAAAAAUUUCUAGAAACAAACAAGGAAGAAGUAGAAAGAAAAAAAAAAAAAAGUAAUGAAAUUAAACGAACGAAAGUUGAGGUAAAUAGAAAAAACUAAAACAAUAUGAGACUGCAGGUGCACUUUGUAAAUAGCUUAAUAUAAUAUUAUACUGUGUUUUUAAUAUUAUUAUUAUAUAAAUAAUAUGAUGAUAUCCUGAUUAUAUUAUCUUAUAAAUAUUAUUGAAUUAUAUAGAUUUUAGUCACUAUAUAGAGCUCGGAUUAUAGGCCCCGAUAUAUUAUACCUACGGCGGCAUACCCAGUUGUACCUAGUACUAUAUAUUAUAUUCGAGUGAUACGAUGACACCGAUGAUUAUUUUGUCACCUCGUUACGACAAUAACGAUACGACUAUGAAUGCUACGGCACGGCAUUACCGACCCGAUGCGUGUUUAAUUUUCACGGGCCGGGCAGCAACGAAACAACAGCAAAAGGAUAACGAAAGAAGGACAGAAAGUAUAAGAAAAGAAAAUAAUGUCCUUGUGUAUAGCGUGUCUUGGCAAUAAUGGGGGAUAUCGCAAUGUACCGUGGGGAAAUCCACUAUCGGCCUAUACCAAUAAAUUCGCCAACUUGUCAAA